AUGCCUGUGAUUCCUCAAGAUAGUGACAAAGAGAUGAAGGAGCAGCUGAGCCAGGGAGCAAAAGAUGCCAAAGCUGCGAAAGAUGAACGACAAGGCAACGUGGCAACAGCAGAGCAGCACAAGGCCAAUCUCGGUCCAGCAAUAGCAGAGAACCUCCCAGAGCCUGCGAGCAAGGAGGAGCUGAAGAAACGAUCCGAGGAGCUCAACAAAUAG